AAAUUGCUUAUCUGGUGAAACUAAAAUUCAAGUAAAAGUAGCAAAUACAUGUUGACAAGCCGAUACAGCAAAGAUAAUUCGCGAAUUUAGGAUUCUUUUUUAUUUCCAGUUUGAUGCAAUGAGUUCUCAUGAAUUUGUUGAGGAUGAUGGGACGAGAGAAAUCGAUUUCCUUUAUGGUGACCUGGAAGUAGAUAUCAACAAACAGGUCAGCUAUGAAGAGUUAAAAGAAAAGAGUCAGAAACAAGAAACAAUGAUUGGCAAACUACAAAAAGAGAACCAACAACUGAAGCUGAUGAAUGAAGUACUAAAAAAUAACAUAUCAUCACUUUUUCUAACGGCCCAAAAUGAAAUUGCUCGAAAAGAUGCUGAAAUCAAAAGACUGCAGGAUGUUGAAGUCAGAAAUCGUACUAGACUUAACAGAAUGAAUUCCACACAUAAUAGUGAUAUGCUAUGAUUUAGAAGGCUUACAUUAGAACAUUAUUACAUUAAAAUACAGCUGUAAAAGGGAUAUCAGGUGAUUUCCCAGUGGUGGACUCUUUACAAAAUAUAAGUUGCAAGAGGGUGUGUUUGGGGGUCAAGGUCAUAUGAUUUUGUAAGUGGGUGUAUAAAAUGGUCGAACAUGUGGUUGGAUUUUUUGUCA